GCGGCGGCGCCCGGCUCGGCAGCAAGGGGGGCGCGGGCCGGGACCGGGCAGAGCGGCGGCGGCAGCAGGAACGUCCGGGAGCCGUGGGAAGAGGGCGGCACCGCCCCCACCGCCGCGCCCCGCUCAGCCGCUCUCUCGCCGCCGCUCGCCCCGCUGCCAUGGGUUAGGGGGCGGCGGAGGAGAGGGGACGCCGUCAGGCUGCGGCCGCCGGCGGAGCGCGGAGCGGCGCCCGCGGAGCCAGGAGGCGGACGGCGGCGGCAGGGCGGCCGCCUCGGGGCUGGCGCGGGAGGCCGGGCCGGGGGGUUGCCCCGGUGCGAGCGCGGCGGCGGGCGGAGAGAUGAGCGCGGAGUUGGUGAGCAGCGCCCUGGGGCUCGCCCUCUACCUGAACACGCUGGGCGCUGACUUCUGCUACGAUGACAGAUGUGACUCUCUGGGGCUAAGGGAAAAGCUGACAGUAAGUCGAGCUAUCAAGACAAACCAGGAUCUUCUGCCAGAGACACCGUGGACCCAUAUAUUCUACAAUGACUUCUGGGGAACGCUUCUGACUCACAGUGGGAGCCACAAGUCAUACAGACCUCUCUGCACACUUUCCUUCCGCAUCAACCAUGCCAUCGGAGGGAUGGACCCAUGGGGUUACCAUCUUGUAAACAUCCUGUUGCAUGCUGCAGUCACAGGCCUUUUCACAAACUUCUCCAGGAUCCUCUUCGGGGAUGGGUAUUGGACCUUGAUAGCUGGUCUGCUGUUUGCAUCCCAUCCGAUCCACACCGAAGCCGUAGCGGGGAUUGUGGGGAGGGCAGACAUUGGAGCCUGCCUCUUCUUUUUGCUUUCCCUGAUGUGUUAUGUGAAGCAUUGCUCUACGAGAAGUUCCUCAGCUAGAACUUGGGGCUGGAUCUUGGGAGCGGGACUGUGUGCUGGAUGCAGCAUGCUGUGGAAGGAGCAAGGAGUGACUGUUCUGGCAAUUUCAGCAGUGUACGAUAUCUUUGUAUUUCAUCGGCUGAAAAUGCAUCAAAUCAUUCCUGCUUUAUACAAGAGGAAGAAUUUGAACCUUUUCUUCAGCAUUGGUUUAUUGACCUCCUGGGGGACUGCACUGCUGGGUGUCCGCUUAUACUGGAUGGGCAACAAGCCCCCAAGUUUCUCCAACUCUGACAAUCCAGCAGCUGAUUCAGACAGUUUUCUCACGCGAAUGCUGACCUUCCUUUACUUGCCAACGAAGAAUCUCUGGCUGUUAUUCUGCCCAGACACCCUCAGCUUUGACUGGUCAAUGGAUGCUGUGCCUCUUCUGAAAGCAGUCAGCGACUGGAGAAAUCUACACACUGUGGCCUUCUAUGCUGGACUUCUCCUCCUUGCCUACUUCAGCUUGAAGGGCUCCAGCAAUGAAAGAGAAUGCAAUGGGAAAAGUGUAAUGAAUGGCAAGCAGAAUGCUAAUGGACAUAGCUGUCACUCUGAAAUGGAAUAUAAGACACUGGAGGGGAAGUCAAGUUUUGCAUCAAAGGAAGAGAAUGGCAUAAAAAAGCAUGAAAAUCAGAAACUACAGCUUCCUUCAACUGAGAACAUUGUCAUUCUGUCUCUGUCUUUGUUAAUAGUACCCUUUAUUCCUGCCACAAACCUAUUUUUCUAUGUUGGCUUUGUAAUAGCAGAGCGUGUGCUAUAUGUUCCUAGUAUGGGCUUCUGCCUGCUGGUUACAGUAGGUGUCAGGGCCCUUUAUGUCAAAGCCCAAAAACGCUUUCUGAAGAACUUGGUUUUUUGUUCCACUGCUGCAUUAAUUGUUUUCUACGGACUCAAGACUGUUGUCAGAAAUGGGGACUGGCAGAAUGAGGAGAUGCUGUAUAGGUCAGGAAUAAAAGUAAACCCUGCUAAAGCAUGGGGUAACCUUGGAAAUGUUCUCAAGAGCCAGAGCAAGAUUUCUGAAGCUGAAAGCGCCUACAGAAAUGCCUUGUACUACCGCAGCAACAUGGCUGAUAUGCUCUAUAAUUUAGGAUUACUACUUCAGGAAAACAACAGGUUUUCAGAGGCAUUGCAUUACUAUAAACUGGCUAUUGGUAGCAGACCCACAUUAGCUUCUGCCUAUUUAAAUACUGGCAUCAUCCUGAUGAACCAAGGGAAGACGGAGGAAGCCAGGAGGACAUUCCUAAAAUGCUCAGAGAUCCCCGAUGAAAAUUUGAAAGAUCCUCAUGCUCAUAAAAGCUCUGUUACUAGUUGUCUUUAUAAUUUAGGAAAACUUUUUCAUGAACAAGGAAACUAUGAGGAUGCCCUAACUGUUUACAAAGAAGCAAUCCAGAAAAUGCCAAGGCAGUUUGCACCACAGAGCUUAUACAACAUGAUGGGAGAAGCCUACAUGAGAAUGAACCGUCUGCCAGAGGCAGAGCGCUGGUACGUGGAGUCACUGCGAUCCAAGAGCGACCACAUCCCAGCACAUCUCACCUAUGGAAAACUUCUGGCUCUGACGGGACGCAAGAGUGAGGCAGAGAAGUACUUUGUGAAGGCAAUUCAGCUGGAUCCUACCAAAGGAAACUGCUACAUGCAUUAUGGUCAGUUCCUACUAGAAGAAUCCCGUCUGAUCGAAGCUGCUGAGAUGGCAAAAAAAGCAGCUGAACUUGAUAAUACAGAAUUUGAUGUUGUUUUCAAUGCUGCCCAUAUGCUCAGACAAGCCAGUCUUAAUGAAGAAGCUGAGAAGUAUUAUGAAAUGGCAGCAGGAUUAAGACCUAAUUAUCCAGCUGCCUUAAUGAAUCUUGGAGCCAUUCUCCAUCUGAAUGGUAAACUGAAAGAGGCUGAAGAAAACUACCUCCUUGCUCUUCAACUUAAACCUGAUGAUGUCAUCACUCAGUCCAAUCUUCGCAAAUUGUGGAACAUCAUGGAGAAACAAGGUUUAAAGACAUCCAAAACAUGAUGUGGAAAACUCUAAGCUUUUUUUUCUUAAAUUGGUUAAAAAUCCAAACUAGAAUUUCCAUACAGUUGUCUGAACAGAGAACUCAUUGGUCUUGACUGCAAGGAUCAGAAGUCUUGAUUGCUGCUAGGAGAAGCUAUUCUGCUUUUUGCCUUUUUUGUUGUUAUUGUUAGAUUAAAAAAAAAGGGGGGAGGGAGAUGGAGAUAUUCAUGAAGCACUUCAAUGUUAGCCUACAAAAAGAUUUAGAACCACAGAACUUGAAAGAGGGUGUUCUGGCAUAUUUGAAAAAUCAUUGCAAAUUCCAUAUUGCUCACUUCUGUGUGGGUACUUGAAAUGUAUACUGUCAUAGAAUCACUAGUGGAAAUUUGUACAGUAUACACUAAAUCAUGUGGGAGUAAAAGUGGGUAAUAGUAACUCAUUAAAAUACUGUAACUCAUUAAAAUGUAUACUAAAUCUGGUGUGUUUGCAGUUUGUCUUAAUGCUGCUGUAUCUCACGUUAGGACCACAUGUUUACCAAUUCACAGCUUAUAAGGCCAAUUUUUAUUUUUCUAAAACCUGUUGUUUGUGUUUAGAUGGCAGCAUUCAAAGUUAUUUACUGCGAAUAUGCAUAUUAUUUCAACUUAUUUUAAGUUUUGUUGCAGUACUCUUGAAAUACAUAGUGAAAUGGCUGUGGGCUUUACAGAAUGAGCAAGGAAUUGAAUGUAGAAUGCCCAAAUUCUACAUCACACAUGUAUGCAGAAGCUAAAAAAAAAAAAGAGAGACAUGAUUUAACAGUGCAAGUGAGACUGAUGUUUGCCCUGGUAUUAAGUGAAUGUGGUCAGAAUGUCAUCUUAAGAAAAAAAAGGCUGACUGGUUUCUGCAUCCAAUAUUUUUCCAAUAACUCAUCCAAGUGAGAUCUGACAAUAUUAGUGCAUGCAUAUUCUACACAGACUUCAUGAGCAACUCAGUGGGAAGGGAAUGUUACACGUUGGUGAGGCUAGAAAAUAACUAAAGGGAAUGGAUUCGAUUAUAUUCAAACAUAAUAGAUAAAGAUAAAUGUGUAACUGGUUGCCAGUUACUUUUCACAGUGGUGAUGUUUUAAAAACAUGUUACCUAUUCAGAUUCUAAUCAAAUAUUACAAUUCCGUUUGUAUUCUGACAUGUACUAGCAGCAGAGCUGUCAAAUAUCUCAACAUGCUUCUGGUGAGGUUCUGUUAAUUUCUAGUUCAGAACGAUUUGGCCUAGUUACUGUUUUAUUCUUCAGUUUAUAAAUGUACAAAUAAUUUAUUUUAAAUUGCAGUGUAUUGAAGAUUCAGUCUUUUUUUUUUUUCCAGGCCAUCUGUUAACUGCUUUAUUUCUUUGAAAUAAUUAUUAUUGCUUUUAAGAAAAUGUACUAUUUCAUUUAAUGACCUGUUGAUAUCUGCUUCAAUGUUCAUUUCAUAAUGGUAGAUGUAAUGUUAAAGUGGUAGAGCACCUUGAACUGAAGCUUUUUCAGGAUCUUCUGCUAAAACCUCAUUAUUACUGAGGAAAUGUUGUUGUUUUCUUGUUUGUUUGUUUGUUUUUUUCCUAACUAUUAAGCACCAUUCCAACAAAACAAUAGAGAAGAAUACUUUGCUGUAUUUAUUUAUUUAUUACUUGACUACAGCAAUGUUACCUGCUAUUAACACAAUAGUCUUUUAGUUUUGCUUUUUUUUAAUUUGGCUUUCCUGGUGUUUUUUUGUGUGGUUAGUGUGUUUAUCUUAUUGAGAAAGGCAACACUCUUCUCUGCCAUCUCAGUCAUUCUCCCAUUAUAUUUGGAUUUUAAAUCUCUACUGAAACAGACUGAGAAAUAGCUGUUUCAGUUGGCAUAGUAAAAAACUGCAGUAGUGUGUGUUUCCAUUUCUUUCCUCUUGCUCAGUAAAAUAUCGUAUUGCUACGUUCACAAGUGGCCUACCAUAAGGGCCAGAGGGGCAAGGUUGUUUGGUUUUGUCGAAUGUAUCAAGUUUUUCUCAAAUAAUGUUAUGGCUGGAAAAGCAAAAUUGAAGGGUCAAAAGUUGAAUUUGUACUUUAUCAUUGAAACCAGUGGUAGAACACAAUAGUAGCUUGAACUUAUUUUUCUGCUUUACUGACUUUCUGGAAAAUGUAUAGAACUCAGUAUAAAACUGUGUACUCAACAUCCAUCAAACUCUGAUGGCUUCUUGGUCUUAACCAUUCACUAUGUUAUAUGUUUUCUUCAACUUGUACUCAUUCUUGUUUAUUAACUUUUAUUCAUUGCACAAAAUAGGGAAAGGGGGAGCACUCAUAUGAUGCAGUGUCAUGCUUGCAUUGAUAACUCUUUUUAUUUGUUUCCUUAAGAAAAAAGAAAGAAAGAAAGAGAGAAAAAAGGACUAGUGUAAAUUUAACAAGAAUGUCCCUGAAUACGUUUUUUUAAUAUAGGUCUGGGCUUGAUAACUUUCUUCUUUUGGGAUAAAUUUAAAACAUGUUUAAAAUAUGUCUCUCUGCUCAGGGAUUUAUGGUGGAUUAUUGCAGACAGUGCUAAAAAAUAAAAGAGCACAAAACAAGUUUACUAAAUUAAAAUUUUAUUUUUUGAAAAACUUAUUUGUAUAAAUUAUCAGAUUUGUAGGCUUUCCUUUUUGUAGAAAUAAUUGUUUAUGUGCCAGAUAAGAGAAUUUCAAUUUUGUUUUCAAUAAUAAAGCAUUGAUAACUAA